GAAGUCGAAGCUAUAGUAGAGAAUACUGGUGUUCAAAUUUUUGUUGGUAGUAGUACCUGCAUUUGGUACCUUGAUCGUACCGGUUGAGGUUGUUACCAGUGUGUCUCUGGUAGUUCCUUGUUAGUGGGCAUUGUUGAUUUAAAAUAGGCAAUAAUUCGUCAGUAAGUUUACUAGCACGUAAAACGCUAUCUCAUAUAGUAAAUCCAACUACUUAUUAGGCAGUACUGUGUUUUCAAUAAUCAAACAUGGCGACAUGGUAUGUAGGCGCCUUCAUUGUUAUGACAUCUCUUAAAUUAGUUGAAUGUCUUAACAACGGAUUGGCACUCACACCACCGAUGGGCUGGCUAUCGUGGGAACGUUAUCGAUGCAUUACGGAUUGUGACUUAUAUCCUGACGAGUGUAUCAGUGAGUGGCUGUUUCGUAAUGUGAGUGAUUUGAUGGUAUCUGAAGGCUAUGCAGAAGCUGGCUAUGAAUAUGUUAUUAUUGAUGAUUGCUGGCUAGCUAAAACUCGUGAUGAAAAUGGAAGACUUCAACCUGAUCCUGAUCGUUUCCCAUCAGGCAUAAAAGCCUUAGCUGAUUAUAUCCAUUCCAAGGGACUAAAAUUUGGAAUUUAUGAGGAUUAUGGAACUAAGACUUGUGCUGGCUACCCGGGAAUAAUCGGGCACAUGGAGACCGAUGCAGAGACAUUCGCCAGUUGGGACGUUGACUAUGUAAAACUUGAUGGUUGUAACGCAGAUCCCAAAACUAUGGAUGAAGGUUACCCAAGGUUUGGUAGAAAGCUUAACAAAACUGGUCGCCCAAUGGUUUACUCUUGUAGCUGGCCAGUUUACCAAGAGGAGAUAGGGAUUGCUCCAAACUUUACAGCUCUGGUUGAAUAUUGUAAUUUGUGGAGAAACUAUGACGACAUUGAUGAUUCCUGGGCAAGUCUGACAGACAUCAUGGAUUACUUUGCUCGGAAACAGGACAGCAUUGCAGACUAUGCAGGACCUGGCCACUGGAAUGAUCCUGACAUGCUGCUUAUUGGCAACUUUGGACUGAGUGUGUCCCAAGCAGAGACUCAGAUGGCUGUAUGGUCUAUCCUGGCUGCACCACUGAUCAUGUCUACAGAUCUUGCCAACAUUUCCCCGGAGUUCAAGACCAUCCUGCAGAACCAACGGGUCAUUGCCAUCAAUCAGGAUCCCCUUGGCAUUCAAGGUCGAAGAGUGCUUAUUGACAAGAAAAUACAUGUAUGGUUAAGACCCAUAUCACCAAUGAAUGAAAACUACUAUUCGUAUGCUGCAGCAUUUGUGAGUAGGAGAUACGACGGGGCACCUUAUGCCUACAACAUCACAGUGAAUGCCUUGGGGUUGCACAAUCCAAGUGGUUAUCUUGUCACUGACCUUUUCAGCGAUUCUUACAAACAAGAACUAAUGGUUCCAAAUUCCCUGUUAAACGUACGAGUCAAACCUAGUGGAGUGGUGUUUUUGCUGAUGGAAGUUGUGUCUGAAUCUACAAAGAAGCCUGUCAAUUCUAGUUGAUAAUCUGGCGGUCUGAUUUGACAUUUGAUGUAAUGUUUUUGUUAUAUUAUAUUAAUUUUAUAAUUGU